UUAUAAAUUCUAUUCCACAGUUCAGAUGUCAAAAGCAGUUAGUAGUCACUUGAUUAGCUAUUCCAAAAAAUCUUAUUUUAGCUAUACUCUGUUGCAUAGGUUAAGCGCGUGGUAAAAAAUAUCUGAUAUUUUCUUUGUAAAUAUGGAUAGCGAAAAGAAAAUGGAUCUAGGAGCAAUGAGAGUGCCGUAUGAACCUGACGUUGAAAGAGAUUUUUCUGUUAAAAAUCCGAUCACACUCUUCGACAAAUGGUUUAACGAUGCUCGAAAGACUGAAGGAAUACGUGAGGCCAAUGCUAUGGCCGUUGCCACCGCUGACAAAAAUGGAAAACCUUCAGUGAGAUACGUACUUUUGAAAUCUUAUAACAAAGAAGGCUUCGUCUUUUACACUAACUACAACAGUAGGAAAGGACAAGAUAUCACUGAAAAUCCCCAAGUGGCUUUAGUGUUCUAUUGGGAACCACUAUGUCGCCAGAUUCGAAUCGAGGGUGUAGCUGUGAAAAUCAGCGAAAAGGAAUCCGAGGAGUAUUUCCACACUCGAGCAAAGGAUGCUCAGCUCGCUGCAGUUGUGAGCAAGCACGGGAAUGUCAUCGAAAAUAAAGAGAUUCUGGUAAAGGAGAAAGAAGAACUGGAUCGCAAAUAUGCAAAUGAAUCCAUUGUUAUUCCAAAGCCUGAUUAUUGGGGUGGUUAUCGAAUUCAGCCUAACACAAUUGAAUUCUGGUGUGGUCGUAGUGACAGACUUCACGAUCGCAUUAAAUUCAGACGUCCGUCCACCAGUGAAGCUCCUGAUGAGAAGUUAAUUCAUACUGGCGAAGAUGGAUGGGUUUACGAAUAUCUCUCGCCAUAAAUAAAAUAAUUGGCUCAUAUCCAUUUGGGCGCCAGCAACUUAACUAUACGCCAAAAAUGUCGCCAUAAUUUGAAACUUUAAAGUGGAAGAUUGUCAGACUUAGCGACAAUGGCAUUAACAGAAAAGCAAUAUUUUUUAUAGAGUGAUAUUUGCUGUGGGCAUAACAGAAAAUACCAAAUAUUCAAAUUAAAAAGUAUCGCUAUUUCUUCUCUUAUUACCAUCUCUAAUUUCAUUUAUAUUAGAGCUAUUGUUUUUAAAAUAAUGUUUAUGUAAUCUUACUAUAUAUUGAUUUGUUAUUAUUUUACUACUUGCAAUAAAUAUUUGUUGAUAAAUUGCAAUAAAAAUUGGUU